AUGGAAUGGUGUAACCAGAGCACUUCAAUCAAAUAUCUUUUCAAAUACAUUAGCAAAGGCUAUGACAGAAUAACAGCUUCGGUGUCAACCAACAACAAUGAACCGGUUGAUGAAAUAAAACAAUACUUAGAUUGCAGAUAUAUCUCACCAUGUGAAGCAUGCUGGAGAAUUUACUCCUUUCACAUUCAUGGUAGAAGACCGGCAGUUGAACGUAUGUUUUAUCACCUGGUAGGUGAAAAGGCUGUUUACUACACUAAUCACGAUCGAAUGGAAAAUGUUUUGGAGAAUGCAAGUGUUACUGAUUCCAUGUUUACUGGUUGGCUAUCUGCAAACUCAAAGUAUACUGAGGCACAGUCACUCACUUAUGGUCAAUUUGUAUCUAAAUUUGUUUACCACAAAAAAGAAAGGGAAUGGAGGCCCCGCAAAAAGGGAUUCACCAUUGGGAGAUUGAUAUGGGUUCCACCAACAACAGGUGAACUUUUUUACCUGCGGAUGAUGUUGACGGUAGCCAAGGGACCAAAAAGUUAUGAAGAAAUUCGCAAGGUCGGUAAUACCCAGUAUGAAACAUUUAGAGAUGCAUGCUUCGCCAUGGGAUUUUUGGAAGAUGACAAAGAAUAUAUUGGUGCUCUCAAAGAGGCCAGUGAAUGGGGCUCUGGACAUUUUGUCCGAAAACUAUUUGUAGUGAUGCUAUUGUCAGGCGCUGUUAAUCGCCCAACACACGUUUGGAAGGAAUCAUGGCAGCUGUUAUCUGAUGGUGUCCUACAUGCUCAAAGGCAAUUGGCUUUAAAUACAGAAUUGGUUCUCACAGAAGCCGAAUUGCUAAUUUUGACCCUGAUUGAAAUAGAAAAGGUGCUUCAAGAAAAUAAAAGGACACUAAAAGAUUUCAAACCAAUCCCUUAUCCAGAUGGAUAUGUUCUGCAACAAUUAGGUAAUAGACUGAUAUAUGACGAACGCAAUUAUGACAUUUCAAAAACAAAGACCGAAUUCACAAAUCUCUUUGGUGGACUUACAGAUGAACAAAGAGCUAUGUAUCAAAAAAUUAUGCGCGCAAUUGAGUCGCAGAAUGGUGCAGUCUUCUUCCUACAUGGUUACGGUGGGACCGGUAAGACAUACAUGUGGAGAACACUGGCGGCAGCAUUAAGGUCAAAGCAUGAUAUAUGUCUGACAGUCGCAACCAGUGGUAUAACGUCAUUAUUGUUGCCAGGAGGUCGAACUGCACAUUCAAAAUUUAAGAUACCAGUGCCAACGCUAGAUAAUUGUACUUGCAAAAUUGAGUACAAUGAUGAUGUGGGAGACCUUCUUAGACAAACUAAACUAAUUAUUUGGGAUGAGGCUCCAAUGGCACACAAGCAUACUUUUGAAGCACUUGAUAGAACGCUCAGAGACGUAAUGUCUAAAUACGGUAACUCAAAGGAGAUGUUUGGUGGAAAAGUUGUUGUUUUUGGAGGUGAUUUUAGGCAGAUUUUACCUGUUGUCCCUCGAGGAAGCCGUUCGGAUAUUGUACAUUCUGCCAUAAAUGCGUCUUACAUAUGGAAUUCUGUUCAAGUGUUAACAUUAACCAAAAACAUGCGCCUGCAAUCCGGUCCGACCCAAGAUGAUAAAAAUGAAAUGCAACAGUUUUCGGAAUGGUUGUUAAGAAUUGGCGAAGGAAAAGUAUAUGAGCCCAAUGACGGUGUGACAGAUUUUGAAAUUCCACCUGACCUGUUGAUAACACAAUUCGAAGACCCAAUCGUCGCAAUUGUUGAUGCUACAUAUCCUGACUUUAUUCACAAUUUUCAUUCAAUCCAAUACCUUAAGGGUCGAGCAAUUCUGGCUUCAACAUUAGAAAUUGUGGAACAAAUAAACAAUCAUAUCCUUGACUUAAUCCCAGGAGACAUGCGGGAUUACUACAGCUCCAAUUCUGUUGAUAAGUCCGAAAUCAAUGACGACACAGUGGUAAAUAUCCUAACUCCAGAAUUUCUCAGUUCCCUCCGUACAUCUGGUUUGCCUACCCAUCAUUUAAAGUUAAAGGUUGGAACACCAAUUAUGCUCAUGAGGAAUAUUGAUCAGUCAGAAGGACUAUGUAAUGGAACAAGGUUGAUAGUAACAAAAUUGGGGACCCAUGUUAUUGAAGCUUUGAUAAUAGCUGGAAUGAACUGUGGCAAUCAGGUUUACAUCCCACGAAUGGAUAUGUCACCUUCCCAAUCACCAUGGCCGUUCAAGCUCAACAGAAGACAGUUCCCCAUUAUAGUGUCAUAUGCCAUGACAAUUAACAAAUCCCAAGGGCAGUCUUUGGAUACUGUUGGUCUAUACCUACCAAGGGAUGUUUUUACACAUGGACAAAUAUAUGUUGCACUAUCAAGAGUGACAACAAAACAAGGAAUCAAGAUAUUAAUACAUGAUCAACAUGCAAAAGUUAAAACAACAACUACAAAUGUAGUUUACAAGGAGAUCUUCGACAAUAUAUAA